GUGAAAACGAUUGGUAUGAGAUCUCUGUGGUUAGGCUGAGGGACUUGAUCCUGAGAACAAUACGUGUGAGAUUUUUCAUAAAUAUUUUGUGUUGGGCUGAAGAACUCGAUCCACGAGAGGAGAGUUAUUUUGAGAUGAGAUUUGAGGACUCGAUCUUUCGGUCAAGUCUUGUGAAAUUUUACGACCGCAUGUUUUAUUCUGAGAUGAGGGCUGAAAGGGUCUCAAUUUUUUCGGAUGUAAGUAGGUGUCAUGAGAUGGUUGCAUGUGUUUCUUUUAAGAUGAAGGCUGAGGACUUUGAUCUUUCAAAUGCAAG